CUCAUUUUCUUUCCAUCCAGUUGACUGUUUUCCAGGGUAUCCAGAAAAGGAGAACACCUGUACUAAUAUACCUACUGUGUAAGAAGAAAAUGCCUAAAUUCAACAAGCGAGAAAUAAGAACUUGGGGUGAAAAGUAUGUGCAGUAUCUUAUAGACACUGAAAGAGGAGAUGUUUCAGAUAAAGAAGAGUUAAGGCACAUUUUUACUGAAUUUAAAGAAAGGGAUUUGCAUAAGAAACCCAGUUUUUCAUCGGUACUCUAUGGCCUUCGUAGAGCUGGAAAAGCAUCAGUACAUGGAAAUACAGUUCAUUUCAACCAAAUUGUGACGAAAAAUAACACGCUUUUUGAUCAAUAUUGGGCUGUACAUAGAGAUGCACCAAAGGAACCAGCAUCAUUUCCACUCCCUGGCAAUGAUAUAAGUUGUACAAGAGCCCAAGCUCGGAGAAUAAUUGAAUGGAUGAAGCAAAAUAGGUCAAAAUUCAUUGGCAGCAACAGUGAGAUUCAUAUAACUUCAGAUUGUGACUUAACUGAUGGAAGAAUACGUUUAAAACUGCCGCUAAACGAUCCCAAAAGUUUUUCCAUUCGCAUUGAGAAUAGAUCUAAUGCUGAUGUGACUUUUAUUCAGUACAAGCUGUUGCGACGAAUGAGAAUUUUUUCAUUUAAGGAUGAUCUUAAUGUUUCGACGUCUAAUAAGAUAAUCUUAAAGCCAGGUGGUACUUAUGAGAUCACUGUUCAUUGCUCCACAACGUACUAUGGCUACUUUCCUGUAAUAUUGGUGUUUGAAUUUGAGAGCGAAAAUAAUGCACAACCCGGACCAUUUCUUAUUGGACGGUUCUUAUCCGCUGUCUGUAACAGUAAAUUAUCAGAUGAACUCGGAGCCUCUACUCCAUAUGUACCCUACCAGCGAAAUCUCACCAAGCAAACUGUGAGGAAUGAAGAUGAGGGAGUCCCACCAGAUAACUUUUUGAGUUACGAACUUGAACAGGAACUUAAACUUGACAACUUUACUCCCUCAGAUAUUCUGAAGCACUACAUUAAGGCAGGUGUGUUCUCCACAACAGGACAACGUACAGGGUAUGCUGCAUCCUUACCAGAAAGGAAUCUCUUAUUCAGCAAAUUGCAAUUUAACAACUAUGAUAAGAAGUUCAAUCAGCUGCUCCACUUGGAGGAAAUACAAAUGGAAAUUGAUAUUAGGAGAUAUGAUAAAACAAAAGAAGAAAUGAGGCGUGAUCCCAAGAACAAAAAUCUUCUGAUUCUUGAAGUGCCUGGAGUUGCAGAGAACAGGCCUUCAGUAUUGCGGGGAGAUCAUCUAUUUGUGUCCUUGUCUGAGGAGCAACAAAGUCCUAAUGUUAUCAGCUACAAAGGCUAUGUACAUGCAGUAGAACUGGAGAGUGUCAAGCUUGGUUUUUCUCAAAAUCUCAUACGAAGAUUUAUAGAUGGGAUGAAGUUUGAUGUCGUGUUCACAUUCAACCGCCUUCCACUGAAAGUUCAGCACAGAGCUGUUGUUCUGGCCAAAGAGAAAAACAUACAAGAGUUUAUUUUUCCCACAUUCUCCCACGGACAUACUAUCAGCAACACCGAAAGACUAUCGCUCUAUGAUCGUAGUCUGGAACACAACGAGGAACAGAAGAAUGCAGUGAAACAGAUUGUGAGUGGAACAUCUAGACCUGCUCCAUAUCUUAUCUUUGGACCCCCUGGAACAGGAAAAACCGUUACAAUGGUGGAAUCAAUUAAACAGGUUCUAAAGUGUAUCCCUGAUGCGCGUGUUCUGACAUGUGCCCCUUCUAACAGUGCCUGUGACUUGCUCUGCCAACGUUUGAUGAAGCAUGUGGAUCGAGGACAAAUUUAUAGAUUGCUAGCAAGCAGCAGGAACUACCGUGAUGUGCCAGAGGAAAUCAAGCCUUGCGGCAACUGGGACGACCGUAAUGGUUGCUAUGUGUAUCCAAGGAAACUUGUGCUUAUGAACUAUAGAGUGAUCAUUACAACACUGGUUACUGCUGGAAGGUUGGUCUCUGCCAAAUUUCCAAACGGACACUUUACACAUGUCUUUAUUGAUGAAUCUGGCCAUGCCGUGGAGCCAGAGUGUGUUACAGCCAUAGCAGGAAUUCUUGAUGUGAUGAAUCCAAACUACAAUGUGAAUGGUGGGCAGUUGGUUUUGGCAGGCGAUCCAAAACAGUUGGGGCCUGUAUUAAGAUCUCCAAUAGCAAUAGAAAAUGGAUUAGGUAUGUCUUUGUUGGAAAGGCUGAUGACUGAAAAUUCGCUUUACCAGAAAGGCAGUGAUGGCUAUAACUUCCAAUUUGUCACAAAAUUACUGAAUAAUUACAGAUCUCAUCCCAGCAUCCUGAAGAUACCUAAUGAGCUGUUUUAUGAUAAUGAACUUCAAUCCUGUGCAGAUGAGCUGCUCUCAAACUCCUACUGUCGUUGGGAAAAGUUGCCUCAUAAGGGAUGUCCAAUCAUUUUCCAUGGCAUUCUGGGGAGAGAUGAACGAGAAGGGAACAGCCCAUCCUUCUUCAAUAUCGAUGAAGUUGAAGUUAUCAUAUGCUACUUGACAGACCUUCUGCAAACCCAGGGAAAGAAAGGCCUGGCCAAGAUCUCCCCUAAGGACAUUGGUAUCAUUUCUCCUUACAGGAAGCAGGUUGAAAAAAUCCGCAAAGCUAUUAAUCUCACCCAUAAAAGUGUCCAUGAAAUCAAAGACUUAAAGGUUGGUUCUGUAGAGGAAUUUCAAGGUCAGGAGCGGAAGGUGAUUCUCAUAUCUACUGUGCGGAGCUCUGAAGAUUAUGUGAAAUUUGAUGAAGACUUUAACCUUGGAUUUCUGAAAAACCCCAAGAGAUUUAACGUGGCAAUUACAAGAGCAAAAGCACUUUUGAUUCUCGUGGGAAACCCAAUCAUACUUCGCAAUGAUCCCAACUGGUCCAAGUUUCUCACUUAUUGCCAAGAGAUUGGUGCCUAUACGGGUUACCCUAUUGAAGACCUUGAAGACAUGAUGAACGAAGAGGAAAUUGCUAAACUGUUAAGUGGCCUCAAAAUUAACAGACCACCUGCAGGAGAAUCCACUGGAGAGAGCUUUGUGCAGCAGCAAGCAGAACCAGGUUGGAGAUCUGAAGAGUGAUGCACAUGUUCUUAGUACACAAUUGAAAUCCAGUUAAACCUCACUUAACAUUAAACAUUACAUAUAGAAAUACUGAGCUGUGCAAAAACACUGAACACAAAUUAUUUGAUUUUCUGGUCUUCUUUGAGUGUAAAACAGAGCUAUUCCCACUUUACAUUGUUUAUGCUGACUAGGCACUAGGUUAUUGGUUUUUGUUUUUUUGGGACAAAUCACAUAGGAUAAUUGUUUUUCUGAUCGAACCUUGGCAGGCUACAUUUUGCAUAUUUAAGCAGUCUUGUAUCUGGCUGACCAUUACAGGAAAGGUACCUUAGGAACUGGGGCUAAGUUAAUCCAUAAUUGACAUGGCAUGAUAUCAUAACGCUCAACUGUGGGGCAAAAUUCUAAAAGUGGCACAGUUACUUACGAAUCAUGCUCACUUCCAGAACUUCAUCUGCAUUGGGUUUUUAUUAAAAAAAACCUCACACGGAGUCAUGUUUCAUAUUAUACCUGGUAUCAUAACCACUGCCAAUCAGGAGUAAUUGACUUAAUGUGAGCUAGCCAGGGCUUUGUAAAUCCAGCAACUUAAAAAGAAAAAAAAAAAUUCUUCCAGAGAGGAGCGUAAAUCUUAUUUUACUCUCUUGAAAUAAUUGCUGAAUUGAGCAAUAUUGGAAUAUACCAAAGCUUCUCUGAACUUUUUUUUUUUUUUUUUUUCAAUUAAUGGAGAUAAUACCAGAGCAUCAUAAGCACGUCUUGUUCCUGUUAUAUAAGACAAUCAGAAAAUAUUUUUUUUUAAUA